AUGGGCUACCUCUCUUGCAAUGCAGAGUCGGCGAUCGCAACCUGCGAUCCGUACAACUGGGACCGCAGAAGAAAACCCAAAACCAAACCCAAUAACAAGCCGAUCAAGAUCAGGCACUUUCACUACGACGACCUCGUCGCCGCAACAAAUGGCUUCGCCGCCGAGAGUUUUCUGGGCAAAGGAAGCCACGGCAGCGUCUACAAGGCCGUUCUCGACGGCGGUAGUCUAGUCGCCGCGGUUAAAAAAACCAAAUCCUCCCAAACAACGUCGUCGUCGGCGAGCCUUCACAACGCGGAGAACGAGAUCGAGAUUCUCUCCAGAGUUCACCACCCCAGGCUCGUAAAUCUCAUCGGGUUCUGCUCCAAUUCGGCAAACGACACUAAAUUGAUCGUCGUCGAGUACAUGCCCAACGGCUCUCUCUACGACCUCCUCCACUUGAACUCCAGACCGCCCGGUUGGACCCGGAGGAUCCGGUUCGGGUUACACGUGGCAAAAGCGGUUCAGGCGCUCCACUCGUCCAGCCCGCCCGUCAUCCACCGCGACAUCAAAUCGUCCAACGUUUUGAUCGACAAGGACUGGAACGCGAGGCUCGGUGACUUAGGGUUGGCGCUGAGGGGACACGUGGAGGACGUUCGCAUAAAGUGCACGCCACCGGCGGGGACGUUAGGGUACCUCGACCCGGGCUAUCUUGCGCCGGGGGAUCUGAGCGCCAAGAGCGACGUCUUCAGCUUCGGAAUUCUCUUGCUGGAGAUUUUGAGCGGGAGAAACGCCAUUGACGUGAACUACAGCCCGCCGUCAGUGGUGGACUGGGCCGUGCCAAUCAUAAAGCGCGUGGACUUCGCCGGAAUCUGCGACCAGAGAAUCGGACCUCCGGCUGACCCCGCCGUGAUCCGCCACGUGGCGGUAUUGGCCGCGAAGUGCGUGAGAUCCACGGCGGAGAAGCGGCCGACGAUGGCCGAGGUCGUCGAGUGUCUGAAGGUGGUGAUCAAAAGAAUCCACGCGCCGCCCAUUUGGAGUAGCCUGAAGCGGCGCGUGAACAUGAAGCGCGUGGAGAACGGGAAGCAUCAGCAUCGUCGUGGUGAAAGUCGCGAAUACGAAGAGGUUGGAAAUGCGAAGUUUGUGAGAGGAGGGAGCAGGAGGAAGCUGAACGGGAAGGUAUCGAGUGUGUUGGGCACAGAUUGCGAGGGUGAGGGCGAGGCGAUGAUUGAUCGACGCGUGGCGAAAUCAAAGUCAAUUGGGUCGGUGAAUGAGAUUAAGGCGUGGGGCGGGAAUAAUCAGGUGCGGAAGGGUGCAGGGGUAGCGGUGAAGGUGCCUUCGGUGGUGAGGCUGAACAAGUCGAGGUCAACGGGGGUGUUGAAUAGUCCAAGGAUCGUGCGGUAUCAAAAAAGAGGAUUUGUGUUUGAGUUUGGAGGGAGGGAAGUUGAUUCGGUGGAGUUGGAUAUGUCCAAGUGGGUGAUUAGUUUGGAGGGUGAAGAGAAAUCUGAGAGGAAGAUGCUUCAGAAACCUCUGGUUUCUAUGUAA